AUGUCCGACUCAGAGAUCAAGGCGCCUGGUGAAACCAGCACCGCCGAAACCCCCAAACAGGCUGUGAAAUGGUAUCGCACACCGUUUUAUAAUGCAACCAUCCUUGGAAUCUGCAGCUUUGCGGCGCCAGGCUUGUGGGGUGCCAUGAACUCGUUGGGCGCGGGCGGCGCUCAGAAGCCUUAUCUCGUCAACACCGGCAACGCCCUUACCUUUUGCUUGAUGAUCAUAUCUUGUUGGUUUACCAGCGGAAUCGUCAAAUAUGUCGGCAUCAAAGGCGCCCUUAUCAUCGGCACCAUCGGCUUCGCCCCAUACAGCGCUGGUCUUUAUCUCAACAAUCGGUAUGGCGUCGAGUGGCUUGUCAUCUUUGGCGCGGCGUGUUGCGGUGUUUCAGCUGGAAUUUUCUGGGCUUCCGAAGCUGCUAUUGGAAUUUCAUAUCCCGAGCCGCGGAACAGAGGACGGCUUGUGGCUUACUGGCUGUCUUGGACACGAGUUGGCCAGAUCCUAGGUGGUGCGAUCAACCUCGGCCUCAAUGCGGACCGGAACGAAGCUGGAAAGGUCUCGUACAAGGUUUACCUUGUAUUCAUCGCUCUUCAAGCUUUGGGUCCUUUCGCAGCCUUGUUGCUCAAUCGUCCUUCCAAAGUUCAACGUUCAGACGGCAAGGCCGUUGACCUGACAAUAUUUGACCAACCAUGGCAGGAGUUCAAGGCAACAACUAGAACUUUUCUCAAGAAGGAAUUUCUCUUGCUUGUCCUAUGGAUUGGACAAGGCGUGUACUCCGAGUCUGUCUUCUUCACCUAUAUCGCCCUGUGGUUCAGCGUGCGCGCCAGAGCGCUUGGAUCGUUCGUGUCUGGUGUCGUGGCCGUCAUUGCCGGGAACUUGCUCGGCGUUUGGCUGGACCAAAAUCACGUCGCCCUCAAGAAGCGCGCUCGAUGGGCGUACAUCACCAUCAUGACGUUGCAAGGCGCGUGGUGGAUAUGGUUGACCGUCAACGUAACCAAGUACCGCAAGGAGCAGCCAAUCUACGACUGGAGCGAUCCUGGAUUCGGCCGCGCGUUUGGCGUUUUCAUCUUUCUGGUUUCUGGCUUCCAGCUCAACUACAACUUCGCUUUCUUCAUCAUUGGCCAGAUAUCGACGAGCCCACAGGAGACUGUUCGACUUUCGGCACUUCUGAGAGGAACGGAAUCGGCAUGGCAAGCUCUCAGCUACGGACUUAACGCUUUGCCCAUCUUUGCGACAGUUGGCAGUACAUAUCUCAACUUUGGACUUUGGGGACUGUCUUUGUUCCCAGCUUGGCUGGUCAUCAAGAAGCUGGGAACAGGCAACGACCAGCUUGAUGCUGAGCCGCAGGGUGACAGCGAGGAAGGUCAAACAACGCCCAAGGAUUCAGCUUAG